AUGUUAUCUUCAUUUUACAGUUUGAGUGGACAGCCGAAGCCGGGAAACGACGGGUCGUAUCCGGUGGAUAGGGCGAAGGCGAUAAGCGGAGAGAAACUGCUGAGGAACGUCAUGCUGGAUGACAAGAUCGAGCUUUAUGCCACGUAUGGCAAAGUAAUGAACUGUGGUGGCGGUGGAAGCUGUGGAACUUGUAUCGUAGAGAUUAUUGAUGGGCGUGAUCUUUUGAAUGAAAGAACGAAUACUGAAUUGAGAUAUCUUAAGAAGAAACCUGAAUCUUGGAGGCUUGCUUGUCAAACUAUUGUGGGAAACAAAGAAAAUUCUGGCAAGGUUGUGGUUCAGAGGAUACCCCAGUGGAAGAAGUAAUUGGAAGCCAUAUGCCAGGCAUUGUAUAUUGAUGCAUUUACUUUAUAGCCAAAAAAAAAAAAAAAAAAAAAAAAGUUUUAACUACUUUGUUAGAGGUUUGCAACUUUGUUUCAUUGCUACAAGACUUGUACAUGUAAGAAUCCUAGAAGGUGUAUUUCAACCUUUUCCUAAGCGUCUUCUUAAUAAUUUUGUCAAGCAAUGCCCAUACCACACGUCAUCACAUGUUUACC